CAGAGCCGGCUCUUCUACUAGCUAGUAUAUAUUACGAUCCCUCUUCUACUUCCAUUUGAUUGAUUGCGCAUUUUCACAUUGACGAUGCACCCCUCUCUCCUCCUCCUCCUCCUCCUCUGCUCUCUUGUUUGUUUCUUAGCUUUAGGGACCCUCUGCGCAGUCUCCGAUGCGCGCGCCUUCUUUAUCUUCGGCGAUUCCCUCGUCGACAACGGCAACAACAACUACUUGGCUACCACGGCGCGCGCCGAUGCCCCGCCUUAUGGGAUUGACUACCCUACCCACCGGCCGACGGGCCGAUUCUCCAAUGGGCUUAACAUCCCUGACAUUAUCAGCGAGUAUCUGGGAGCCGAAUCCACAUUGCCUUACUUGAGCCCUGAGCUUCAAGGCGAAAAACUACUCGUCGGUGCGAAUUUCGCUUCGGCAGGGAUCGGAAUCCUCAACGACACCGGAAUUCAAUUUGUAAACAUAAUUAGGAUUAGCAGGCAACUGCUAUACUUCGAGGAGUACCAGGAGCGGGUGAGUGCUCUCCUAGGUGAGGACCAGGCGAAGAAGCUAGUGAACCAGGCUCUCGUUCUCAUCACUCUCGGGGGUAAUGACUUUGUUAACAACUACUACUUGGUCCCCUACUCCGUGAGAUCUCGUGAAUUUGCGCUCCCGGACUAUGUCCAGUUUAUAAUAUUCGAGUACAAAAAAAUUCUCACGAGGCUCUACGAUUUGGGCGCGCGGCGAGUCAUCGUCACCGGGACAGGGCCGCUCGGGUGCGUGCCGGCGGAGCUGGCGCUUAGAAGCCGGGACGGCAGCUGCGCUGCGGAGCUGAUGAAAGCUGCAGAUCUGUUCAAUCCCCAGCUGGUGCACAUCGUAAGGGACCUCAACAGCCAGAUCGGAUCUGACGUCUUCACCGUCGCCAAUGCCCAGCGGAUGCACUUUGACUACAUUUCCAAUCCACAGGCCUACGGUUUUGUCACUGCAAAGGUUGCAUGUUGUGGUCAGGGGCCUUACAACGGUCUCGGGCUCUGCACUCCAGCGUCAAACCUCUGCCCCAACCGUGAUAUUUACGCAUUCUGGGAUCCGUUUCAUCCAACCGAGCGAGCGAACCGGAUCAUCGUGGGCCAGAUCAUGAACGGCUCGCCCGAUUACAUGCACCCGAUGAACCUGAGCACUAUUUUAGCAAUGGAUAACGCAAAGGCUUAGCCAUUUUGAGGCAGUAGUUUUUUUCUCUGUGCGCACAAACUAGGUGGUGUCCUUAUUGUUUCCUGAGACUAGUGUUAUAGUGUGCUGCUAAGGUAUCCCACAAGUGAACACUUUUGAGGAACUGUUGCUUCAUAGUACCAAAUGAUGGUCAUAAGACACACUUGUUUUUUAUGAAAUCAAUCUGAAGACAACUAAUUCGUUCGGUGUUAGUGUCAGAACUUGGAAAGUUACAGCUAACGGAACACUUGCUGACCUUGCAUAUGGUUGGCCGGUUUGGAUUC